CGAGCGUGCCGCCUCUAACCUAACAGAGUCUUCUUCAAACAUAACUGUGAAAUGUCUAUAUAAAACGCACAGUUCCAGCUUCCGCGAACGUCACUCUAGAUUGAACGCGGUCCGAGGCAGCCGUGCUUUCCCGCGCAAUUUGACAUUUCCACCAUCUUGUUUUCCGCGAUUUGUUUUUGUUUUUUUAUUUAUUUGUGUUACAGUGUGCAAGUGGCCAGUAGUAACGUACUUAAAGUGAAGAUAAGCGCUAAAUCAUAAUGCGCUUUACUAUAUUGGUGCUAUGCCUGGCCAUUGGCCUGAGCCAGGCGCGCUGGCUGCGCCGCGGCCGCUCGCAGCAGCCCAAGGAAACCAGCUUCGUCGGGGAAGCCACCAAUCAGCUUUCUACUGCAAUUUUCCAGGGAUACAUCGAUGAUAACUCCAACAUCGCAUUCUCACCGCUCGGAUACUCCGCCAUUCUGGCCAUCCUAGCCGAAGGUGCUCAAGGAGAAACAAAGGAACAGCUGGUGUCCGCACUCCACCUGCCAGCUGAUGAAGCUAUCACCAGGAAGACAUACCGCUACAUCAUGGAGAGAUUGAAGAACACCAACGAAUACAAAUACAACCAACCAGAACUGAAGAACUUCUUCUACAUUUACAAGAACUACACUAUUAAUGAGGACUACAAAAAGAUACUAGAAGACUACUACCUCACUGAAGUCAGGUCCGUCGAACGAUACAACCCCGACCACAUCAUCAGCCAUGAGGAGAAGAACGAAAACGAAGAGAAGUACGAAACUAAAAUCGAGGUCCAGCUAGACGAAGAGAAGCCAACAGAAAGCAAGAAAGACGAGGAAAUCGCUGAUCUAGUCCCUCCUAAAGAAACUCAGGAGAAAUUCAUAUCGUUCGCCAUGGAAGACAAACCUGAGAAGAUUGACAUCACACCAGUCGAAUACAUCAAGCCCGCUAAGAACAUCAAGGAGAAGAUAAAGCUUGUAAAGACCUACCCGAAGAAGGAAGAGUCUGGCGAGGAGGAAGAGACGAUGGUGGCGGUGGAGGCGAGGAACCACGCCCGGAGUCUGAAGGUGCUCAUGGACAAGAACGACAUCUCAUCCAGCAUUUCUGUCAACAGCGUCGGCAAGAAAUCUACUAAAAGUAUGACUGUCAUUUAUAACAGGUUUUCAUCAUCACCAUCGAACUCUCUGAUGAUAAUCUUCAACGGCAUGUACUUCCGCGGCGCUUGGAAGAAACCCUUCGAGAAGGUUGAGAACGGCGUCUUCUACAAGUCGGCCACCGAGAAGAGAUCCGUCCCGAUGAUGAAGACCUGCGGCAGCUUCAGGACUGGAGCCAUGCCCGACCUGGACAGCGAGGUCAUCGAACUGCCUUAUGAUGGUGGUCGCUACGCGCUCCUGGCCGUCGUCCCACGCUCGCGGGACGGCCUCACCCGCCUCAUCGCUGACCUGCCCGUGGUGUCACUCGCCGACAUCCAGGAGAGUCUGACGGAGGAGCGUCUGGAUGUGUCACUGCCCAGCUUCUACGUGGAGACUACGACGAAGCCUGUGGCUGCGCUGGCUAAGUUCGGAGUGAGCAACAUCUUCAGCCCCUCAGCAGACCUGUCGCGUGUGUCCCCCGCCGAGGGUCUGUUCGUGCAGGAGCUGGUGCAGCACGUGGCCGUCAGGGUCGACAACGCCGAGGCUACUGGAUCUUCACUCACAGCUGGUGAGGGUGUGCAGUUGAAGGAGCUGGAAUCCUUGAAGAACCUCCCCCUCAGUGACGUGAAGCCAGCCCGCAAGUUCUCUGUAGAACACCCCUUCUUGUUCUUCAUCCUAGACCGGCUGGACAACCUCGUCGUGGUGGCUGGCAAGGUCACCGACCCCCACCAACCGACUCCGUUCGAAAUUUAAAAACCUUAUUUUUAAGAAUACUCUUUUCUGUGUUCAAUGCUUGAUACUUUUUUGUCGUUGUGAUUUUGAAUUUCACAACGCUUUUUACAUAGUCUGAUGAUUGCCUGUUUAACUUAAAGUUUAUUUAAUAACUUAUUCUGCUAGUUUUGCUGUGAGAUGUUUAUUUUUUGACUACUUAUACUGAAACAAGAACCAGAAGCAUUUGAUAAUGAAAAAGUACACACCUUAGUGAUUAAGAUAGGAUUAAGAAAAUUAUUUAUUUUUUAUAUUUAAUGUGAUAUUGUUGUGAAUAAAGUUAUUUAUUUCAUGAUGACUAA